AUGGCCUGCUCAUCUUCCUCAAUGACUGUGGAAUCAUAUUCCGAGGCGGUUGCCUUCUCAACCGCCACACCAACAGAGGAGACCUCCCUCAUUCGGGACCGACGCCGCCGACAUUCCUAUCAUGCUCCGAGACGACUAUCUUGUGACUACCAAGAUGCCGACACCGUAUUCAUCAGGGUCGAACUUUUCCUUGCUGAGCUGGAACGCCGAAUGCAUUGGAUCGAACAAUAUCGCAAGUCUCACAUGGUUCAUAUCGACUCCCGAUUACGCAGCGGGUAUGCCACCCUUGAGGCCGUGCGAGAUCAGUGUUCCAUCGCCUCGGGUGAGUUGAUGGGAUGCGGCAAGAAGCGUGCCAAGAUCCUGGUGGAGACCCUGGAGGACCGUUAUAAUGAUGCCUUGGCGACCAAGGAGACUCUCGAGCAAAAGGCCCAAGCAAGUGUCCGUCUGAUGGAGUCGUUUUUAUCCGAACUGGAGUUGAAGGCACAUGCCGUGCGGGAUCGCGGCAUCUACGGCGCCUUGGACGACGGAUGGAAAGCCAUGGACACAAAGUUGGGUCACGCCCGAGAGGUCGUCGACGAGGGCAUGGAGCGUGCGCGCCGUGCUCGACAGGCCCUGACGGAGAGCGUCGAUGAGGCUAUCCGGUUGGCCCAAGAGCAACGGCUGAUCACUUAUGCGGAUCUUCCCGCCCCCUGGCGAGUGAACCCGCACAUCUUGAAAGGAUACCGCUUCACGACCUCCAAGGUGGAAUGCGUCUCAUCCGUCUUCACAUUCUCCAAUGAAAUGUUCAACAUCUGGUCCCACGGCAUUGGUCUCGUCAUUGUUUUGGCGAUUGCCUUCUACUUCUACCCGCUCCACACCAACUUCCACCUGAGCACCAAGGCCGAUAUCAUGAUCGCCGCCGUCUUCUUCUUUGCUGCAUGCAAGUGCCUGGUCUGCAGUACCGUCUGGCACACCAUGAACAGCAUCGCCUCUCAGUCCUUGAUGGAACGAUUUGCUUGCGUCGAUUAUACUGGCAUCUCCCUGCUGGUGGCCGCCUCGAUCGUCACCACCGAGUAUACUGCUUUCUACUGCGAGCCCUACUCGCGCUGGACAUAUAUCCUCCUCACCAUGUCCAUGGGCGUUGGUGGCAUCAUUCUUCCCUGGCACCCGACCUUCAACCGCCACGAUAUGGCCUGGGCUCGUGUCGCCUUCUAUGUCACCCUAGCUCUCACCGGAUUCACCCCGCUCGCCCAACUUUCAUAUACCCGUGGUUUCGAGUGGUGCGCGUAUUUCUAUGCCCCGCUUCUGAAGAGCCUGCUCGUCUACUUUGUCGGCGCCUUGGUCUAUGCCUCAAAGAUCCCCGAGCGCUGGAAGCCCGGCUUCUUUGACUACGUUGGUGGCAGCCACAACAUUUGGCAUUUGGCAGUGCUGGGCGGAAUCCUCUUUCAUUAUUGCGCCAUGCAGGACCUCUUCUCGAACGCCUUCCUGCGUGCCCAGGCUCAAUGCCCCAACCUGACGUCAUAA